GAGACGAACUGAAGACUCUAACAGGACUCCAAACCAGAGAAAAAAAAGAAGAAAGAAUUUUAAAAUAAACUUUUGUUUUUAACCGAUAUUAUUUUAAGUUCUGGGCUCUGACUCGACGUUUUUGCCGCUCUGGAGCUUCAUUUUCUGCGCUAAAGAAUAAUAAUUUUUAAAAGUGCACAUUUCUUCGCGUUUCUCACCUCGACAGUAACUUAUUUUACCUUCCGCGAUGUAUCCAGAGGGAAACAAAAGCUUCAACUACGACGACUGCAAGGAAACGGCCGACUGGCUGCUGACCCAGACGGACGUGCGGCCCACGGUGGGCAUCGUGUGCGGCUCGGGGCUGGGCGGGCUGGCUGACAUGUUGAAGGAACAGGUCGCCUUCAACUACAAGGACAUCCCCAACUUUCCUCAGAGCACCGUGCACGGACAUGCAGGCCGGCUGGUGUUUGGCACCUUAAAGGGGAGGCCUUGUGUUUGCAUGCAGGGCCGCUUCCACUUGUAUGAGGGCUACGCCAUCCAGAAGAUCACGCUGCCCAUUCGCAUCUUCAAGCUGCUCGGCGUGGAGACGGUGAUGCUGACCAACGCGGCCGGAGGCCUCAAUCAGGACUUCAAAGUUGGAGACAUCAUGAUCAUCAAGGACCACCUCAACAUGCCGGGCUUCGCUGGCAACAACCCGCUGUCCGGUCCCAACGAUGAGAGGUUUGGUGUGCGUUUCCCCUGCAUGUCUGACGCCUACGACAGAGAGCUGCAGCAGGUGGCCAUGGACGUGGGACAGGAGCUCGGCUACGGAGACUUCCUGAGGGAGGGCGUCUACUGCGUGCUGGGUGGUCCAUCGUUCGAGACCAUCGCUGAGAGCCGCAUGCUGCACAAACUGGGCGCUGACGCUGUUGGUAUGAGCACAGUCCACGAGGUCAUCAUCGCGCGUCACUGCGGCAUGCGCGUCUUCGCCCUCUCGCUGAUCACCAACCAGGCGGUGAUGGACUACGACAGCGAGGAGAAGGCCAACCACGAGGAGGUCCUCCAGACGGGGAAGCAGCGAGCGGAGCAGCUGGAGCGGCUGGUUUCCACCAUGGUGACCCGGAUCGAGCACAACAACAACUACGCCUGAGAAACGCCGAGCUAAUCCCAAAGCUAGCUUCAAGCAUUUCAGUGUGACUGAAGGAGAGUUCAAGUUGUUUUAUAUUUAAUACUGUUUCCCCAAAGAAAAUCUACUUUUGUUAUCUAGGUGAGCAGUUGGACUGUUUUUAGGUUUAGGUCAAACGACGAUGAUGUUGUAGUCCCGCCGAAGAAUCUCACCUAGAUUUAGAUUUGUGUUCACUGCGCCUUAUCUCAUGUCUUACAUUCCUUUAUCAAGUGGCUCCAGACGGAAAAAAAAGUGUCUUUUUUAAAAAAAUAAUUUAUUUGUUCUAACUUAAAACAUGUGAUCGGCUUGUAUAAAUGUCUGCGAUUUAAGUUAACAAUGAGCAAAACAAAUCUGCUGUAAAGAUCUUAAUAUUAUGAUUUUCAAAUGUGUACAUUAGUGGCCUUAAGGUAUUUUCUGUGCUUGUUUUUUUCACAUGAAUGUUGUUACUAAAGGAGUUAUUUAUUACUAUA